AUGAUUAAAAAAAAUUCUGAAAAUUCUACAAAGCAAUUUCAACAAGAGACAAAGUCAACGACAAGUCAACAAAUAAAAACAUCAACAUCUACAACUGCAGAAGUGUCAACCGCAGAAACAACCACUGAACCAACAACUACAUCUUCAACCUCAGAAUCAACUACUGAAACGAAAACAACUACAAUCGCACCAAAUCAAACAAGCCAACCACUAUCAAUAAAAGUAUCAUCUUUUAACAAUAUUUUCAAAAAAUAUUUGGACCAGAAAGCAGCCCUGCACAAAGAUAACUCAUUUUACUCCAAACAUUUCUUAAAUCUUCUCCAAAAUAGCAAAUCUAACCCUAAAAAGGAAACUUUUCUUUCAUCUAAAAAACAAACUCAGACACCAACACUGACAACCACAACGACAACAGCAAAAACUACAUCGACAACCACUGAAGCAGCAAUGAAAGCAGCAGAAGCUACAACAGCUAAGAUGACAACAACAGCUGGGACAAUAAUAGCAGCAAGAACAACAACCGCAGCGGAAACGACAACAUUAGAAACUACAAUCACAACCACGGAAGCUAAAACGACUACAACAACAGCAACACCGACAAUAACAGAAGCUACAUCUACAACGCCUGUAUCUAUAUUGACCAAGCCAACAGCAAAAGCCAAAGCAACCAAGACACCCUUAAACCGUAAACAACCAGUGUCCGGAUUUAUGUGGUUUACGACACCAUCCGGAGAAUCGAAAUUUUCGUAUUCUUCUAAUGUUCCCCUCAGCGUUCCUAGUUCAACAAUUGAACCAUCUAAAAUGAUUCUUGAUUCUAGUUUGAUAUCUACAGACAAUGAUUUUAGCACAGACAUAGAUUCUUCAACAAUGAAAAGUUCCAUAUCAAAUGUUCUCCGAGAACAGAUUUUUGAGAAUUUUUAUCCUGAAGUGAACUCUAUGUCCUCCACAAUAAACAGGCCAACCAGUCCUGCUAACGAGAAUAUAUUCAAAUGGCAAGAAGAAAUCACUGCAAACAUAGAAGAUUUAGAAUCUGAAUUUUUGAUGCACAGCCCUCAGUAUCAAAGCAACAGUUAUUAUACCAAGGACGAGUCUGGACUACUACCGAGCUGGUCUUAUUCUGAGGACAUCAAGCUAAAUGUUGACAAACUUAUGGAGGAUUUAAUUCAACCGGACAACAGGGAAACUGGACAAGGAAGAAAAAAAGAGGAUCAAAUGAAAAAUCAGAAUAAAGAUUCAAAUUCGAACUUGUUUAAUCCUGACACAUUUGCGGGAUUUUUAGCAGCAGUUCAGCAAAAUACUACAGGAGAGCAAAAUUUUGAAUAUUCUUCAUCUGUUGGAGAAUAUGAUAGGAAAGGUACAAAUCAUUCGGAAGUGAAUACUGAAUAUUAUGAGACAACUAUAGUUUAUUCUGUGCCGAACGAAAACUUUCAAUUGAAAAGACCAGACCAAGAAAAGAAAACGGUGAAACAAGAAGACAACAUAAAUGCAAAUGAAAUUAAGGUUGAAAAUAGAAACGAAAUAAGCUUUUAUGUUGAAAAUGAACCUGAAUCUGUACCAUACAACAAGAACCCAGAAAUAUUGUUGAUGAAGAAAAAUGUCACCUCUUCUAGAGACAUUCUGAAUUACCUCAGUUCUCUGAUGAAAUCAACGAACUCUUUGAAGCAUAAAUAUCCAGGAGAUUAUAGUGUCCACAGACCAGCAAGAGAAACCACAAUAAGAACAGUAUCCAACCUAGACCUACUUCCGCUUUCAAGUCCCAAGGGAGACCUACUUCCGGUCUCAGGCUCCAGGGGAGAAACAUUUCUGGACUCUGGUUCUAUUCCCAAGUUGAAGAUAAAAACUUCUGGAAAUCUAAAUUCAGAUUUGCAAAAGAUUUUGCUCCAAAUUAAGGGUGGAGAGGAAUGGAAGAUAAAUAAUGAAAAUGAUUAUGAUCAUGUUUGGAUAAAUGGAGGAAAUAAUCAGGAAAUAUUACAGGAUGUGGAAGGCCCUGAGCAGAAUUUGGUAAAUAUACCGCUAGAACUAAGAGGGGAUGAAGACUCUAUUUGGGAAGCUGGACUCAACCCUGUUUUUAACAAUAAGCAGAGCUCUGUUGAAAGAUACCCCCAGAUAUAUCAAUCCUUCAAACCCUUUCAUCCUGUCAGGAAACUCCAAAGGAUAAUCUUAUAA